ACCAGCGUGAAACACCCUUAGAUCUCCGGGGCUCAGACUACAGUUGGUUGAGUAGUUUGUGAGUCAGAAACUGUUUCUGGGUGGAGUUGGGCUCGCUCUCCACUCCGGUCCUUUUAACACAUUCCUGUCUGGCUGGAAUGCAGUGAAGGGAGUAAAACACCAAAACAAACCCUCCAGUCGGGCCUGUUCGACUGGCUCGCUCUGUCGAAUCAUGUUUUAAACCGGUGGACAUUAAAACAGCAGAUGGCUUGGCCGCAGAUUCAACCACCAUCUCACCCCAAAGGUCAGAGGGCAGCUGGACUGGAGGGGACGGGAGGCUGGGAGUGGACCAGUAAACCGAUGAGGGAGCAGAGCGAGGAUGGCGAGGGAGCAGCAACAGACAACCAGCAACAAUGGACGACUCUCAACAGUUUAAUAGAGAUCCUAAGUGAAGCUCAGCCCGGAGGAAGGUUUUGGUCCCGGACUCUGAAAACUGUCUGCUGCUUCGCCCCGGUGGCUGCAGUGUGGUUUGCCUGCCAGCUGGAGGCGCUGCCGGGCCCCGCUCUGCCGCAGCAGGACGCGUGCUGCAGGCUGCUCUUACUGUGUUUACUGUGGGCAGUUCUGGCUGGAGCUAUUUACGCCCUGAAAGGCUGCCUGCAGCCAGAACCGAACCGGCAGGAACCUCCACAGAAGAAACAGCAGCUGGUUGAGCCUGAAAUCAGCAAACAUCUAAAUUCAUGCCCGCUCUCCGGGCCGCCCCCAGUUUGCACCCCGCAGGUCUCGGUUCCUCUGAUCCGGGCCCUGACGGACAGUCUGCUGCUGUGUGUGCUCCAGGAGCCGCUGCAGGACCCCGCCGUGUCCCACAUUGAGGCUCUCCGUUCCAGGCUGCAGGCGGUGGCUGUCACCCUGGAGAAGGUGAACUUUGGCCCGGAGGCGAUGCUGGAGGAAGCGGGCCGAGGCUCCGCGCUAACCGACAAACUGAAGCUGCUUUGCGCCUAUCUGCAGCAGAGGACGGCAUCCCUCCAGGUUCUGGUCCAGGUCCAGAGGGACUUUGAGUCCAGCGUUGAGGACUUGCUGCAGGGUCUGGACGGGCUCUGGACCCAGCUGGAGGAGCUCCAUGCUGGAGUGACGCUCACCAAAAAGGACAGCCUGGGCAGCAGAGACCUGACUUUGGUUCAGGAAGACGCCGAGAGCUUGAUGUCAGUGUUGGCUCAGUACCGGUCCAAACUCCAGUCCUGUCAGGCUCACCUGAAAGGCUGCACACAGCUCCUACAGGAGCUAACCUGGAGUCACGCUCACAUCAACACCAAAGUGAACUGCGGCUGCGAGUCCGUCUGGCCCGAGCUUUUGCUUCAGUCCAGCAUCGAACAGUUUGACAAAGUUCAGGAGAAUUUCAGCUCUCUGGAGCAGCAGACUGCCACCUUCAAGACCCACCUGGAGGGACUUGGAAUAGACCAUCAGGACGAACCUGUCGGGCCGCUCGCUGCUGCUAACAGAACCAAUGUGGUUCCCUCCCUGCUGAACCCCCUUCAUAACGUGGAUUUGCCUCUGAGGACUUCAACCCCCAUAGAAACGAAGAAAAACUCCCAUUUAUCGCUGCGCGAGAGGUCGGCCCUCAAGUUCUCCUCCACGAUGGGAUGCUUAUCCAAACCUGGAAAAAAGAAAUGAUUUUAUUUACCUGGAAGAUUAAUUGUAACUCAUGUUUUAUAAUCAGAACUGCUUUAAUUUAUAAAAUGUUUUGCAGAUGUUGAUCAUCUGCUGGCUGCCUCUG